AUGACCUUUAGGGUCAUUACAAUUCCACCGGUGGAGAUGAAUGAGAACGAGGUGUGCGUGAAAAUGCUUGCAGCUCCCAUCAAUCCCGCCGAUAUCAACAGAAUAGAGGGAGUGUAUCCGGUACUGCCAUCAACACCUGCAAUAGGGGGAUGGGAAGGUGUUGGAGAAAUACAUUAUGUGGGCUCUGUUGUUAUGGCUUUUUCCCCUGGAAAUUUGGUUAUCCAUGCAGCUUAUCUUUCAGGGACAUGGCAAACCUAUGUGGUAGAAGAUCACAGUUUAUGGUACAAAAUAGACAAAAACACUCCAAUUGAAUAUGCUGCCACUAUUUCUGUUAAUCCUUUGAGUGCCUUGAGAAUGCUUGAGGACUUUGUGGCUUUAAAAUCAGGGGACACAAUUGUUCAAAAUGGAGCUACAAGCAUAGUAGGGCAAUGUGUUAUUCAAUUAGCUCGAAUUCGUGGAAUUCAUAGCAUUAAUAUCAUAAGAGAUAAACCUGAAUCUGAUAAAAUUAAAGAAAAAUUAAUUAAACUUGGUGCUAAUAAAGUAUUUACUGAAAGUGAACUCGAAGUAAAAGGUGUCAAAAAUCUCCUGGGUGAUAUACCUAAACCUAGUUUGGGUUUGAAUUGUAUUGGUGGAAAUGCAGCUAAUAUGGUGGUAAAAUUCUUAAAGCAAGGUGGUACUAUGGUUACAUAUGGAGGGAUGUCAAAGAAGCCAAUUACCAUAUCUACUCCAUAUUGUAUAUUCAAGGAUAUUUCAUUGAAAGAAUAUCUGUUACAAGAAAAGAAUUAG